GUACAUGCCCUUGACCGGAAUCGAACCCUUCAGGCCACAGGCCAAGGCUCUAUCCACUGAGCCAAACCGGUUUCUGCUGCCCCUAAGUCUUUUGCUGAAACCUCUUAAAGUGUCUUAACUGCCUUACCUUCUGAUACAUAAAAUAUUAGCAUUAGAGAUCAUAUGGCAUAGGUUUCAAUUAUGCUUCACCUCCCAUUGACUGACUGGUUACUGUAGUGAAAAGGUUUCUUGGGUCAGUCAGGUCAGAAGAAGGAAUAUUUGCCAUACUGGAUGUGAUCUAGCGCCCCCAUUGCCAUCUCACCUCCUCCCCACUACUCACCUCCCCCCACCCUCAAUCCCUUGUAUGUUCCUUCCUUACAUGUUUUGAGCACCUUCUCCUGGGCUUAAUGGGGGGAUGGGGGGGGGGGGGGGAGAUAUAUAAUAAUCACUUAAGUGAAGAAAAUCCCAGUGGGGAUUCUAUCUGCCCAAGUGAGUUGGAAGGCUACUAGAAAACCAGGUAUCACCUUAAAGGAUAGCCCAGAAACUCACUUGCAGCCACUCACCAUCAGCUCCAACAUCAGCUUGGGGCAGUGCCAGAUUCACAGGAGAGACUUGAGUGGUGUGUCUUCAGGGCACGGCUGGAGGGAUGGCCUCCAGUGACAAUGUAUUGAGCUUCCCUACUCAUGGCCCAUGGGCACAAUCUUUCCUGGUUUGAGCAUUAGCCUGGUGAAGCACAGUAGCUCCACCCUGACAAUUCCCUAAUCCCACACAGCCAAAGGCCCUGACAGUAGGAACCAGUCUAGGCCCACAUUUCAGUCUUGAAAAAACAACAACUCAGGAAUUCUGGUCAAUGGCAUGGGGGUGCCAGACCUCACAGAGGUUGUGUGGCUUUAGUUGCCCUACCCAUCUUCUCACAUGGCUGACAGGUACCACAUUUCCUGUGUUGAGCCCUCCCACCAUAUGGCCAAAUAGUAAUCUGCUAUAGCCUGGUGAACUCUACUAACUCCACCCUUAGACCCCAUCCCACCACAAAGAUCUGCAGGCCCCAGGCAAUUGCCUUGGGGAACUCUUGAGACUUUUUCUGAGUGGCCUCAGACCCAGCACUGGUGCUGACUUUGAGUCUGUUAACCUGGUGAACACUACUCACUCCUACCUGGUGAAUGACUCCUUGAGGACCUGCCUCAUGCAUGCAACUCGUGUACUAUCUGAGGCUUUCAGUGGGUAAGCCUAAUAGGCAGCCAGCAUGCAGCAGUGGAUCUCAGGAUGCCUUGGGUUUUUGCCUACUUGCUCCAGGCUCAGUACUGGUGGUAGCUGACCUUGGUUCCAAGCUUAGCCCCUCCUAAUCAUGAAUUGGCCACAGGCAGCAUCUAAAAUUUAACUGCAUCAGUGUCCUUCCCAAGAAGCUCCAGAACCAAAACACUUGAGGUCUGGUUUCAGACCACAACAGAGCACCACCCAAUUAUCUCCACAGUGGCACACCCAAAGGGUGGCCUCAACCAGCAAUAAACCCUACUGUGGCAAAUUCUGAUUUUGGGGGUCAGUCACCUGCAUAGCCCCUCCAAAGCAGCUCAUACAGUGGCCAAAUAUCACAAACAGUCUGGGGGUCAACCCAAGCCAUGGACAUGUCAGCAUUAACCAAGCCUCAACUCUAAGGAGGGCACACACAUUGCACACAAGGGAAGUGAGGUAUGAAAACUGGUAAGGCUCUGCUAAGGCAGAUUGAGUGUGAGUGACAUUCGGUUCAGAAGGAGCUGCAGACACUCUGGACAGGAGGUGGGAAGCAGCAUUGCACACUUGAGGAAGCACAAGAAAAUAUGCCUGAGUGUAGUCUAGGGAAAUUGUGAAAGACUGCAUGUAAGGUUAAGAAUUUUAUCCUAGAGGUGAUGGGGAACUCCAAAAGAAGUUUGAAUAGACAUGACCAAAUUUGUUUUUGAAAAGUCACUCUUAGUAAUGUCAAAAAUCAGCUCGCGUCGCCACCAGGGAGCCGUGUGUGCUUUCCUGAGACCGUGGGGAGGCGAGGCCGCCGGGGUCGCCCCUGGGCGAGGCUCCUAGGCCCAGCGAGCUGGGUCAGGCCGUCUUUGCUGGCUCUUGGGUUCCGUUGAAUGAACAUUGGGAACUGAGGGUGGGUGGGGCAGAAGCUUGGUUGCCUCUGCACGAGCCAGCCCUCACCGCCUGGGAAAAGCAGCCUGAAGGCAUGAAGGGGAGGAAGAAGACUCCGCAAUGAAGGCUCGACAGGUGGAAUGGAAGCAAACAGUAGUGUCUGGUCUUUGACGCUCUACCUGACGUGGCUGUCACUGCCCCCCAAUGGGGUUUGAAGGUCACCAGGCUCCGAACGGAGAAGACACCUCCCCGAGGGGUACUGCCUGAGGCCUGGGUGAUGAGAGAGGAAACGUAGUAAGUUUGCAUAGGAGGUUUUGUUUCCUCCUUUAUUUCUUUACAUCUAGAGGACAUGCUUUGGCAGCCUGGUGUCAGGAAUUGUAUCUCCCGGCCCACAGUGAUUCGCUCCCCAGCCCGGUGGUGCCCAGUUGCCUCGGGGUCUCAGAGCCCAACCUGGACAAGAAAAGCCCCCGAGGCCAUGGUGAUGCUCCGGGUGCUCCUGAGGGUCAGGUGUGCAGCGGCAGCCCAUGGAGAUACCGUUCAAUUCUGAAGCUCAAGACCACCCACUUCUGCCAGAUAGUAAGACCAAGACCAAGAUUGGAGAGCUGGCUUCAGAGGAAGAAAUCACAGCAGAAAAUGAACCAUUGAUUGAAGAGUCUGACAACCCCAGAGCCGAUGUUCUCCAGGAUUCUGAAUGCAGAGAAUUCUGUGAAUUGGGGGAUACAUUAAAUGAAAAGGAUAAGAUCAUCUUUAAAAGAAGACAGCAUAAUGUGAUGAAUGUGGACAAAGCUGUGCUUGGAGUACAGGGCGCAUUAGGUACCAAAGAAACCAUUGGGAAAAACCCUAUGAAUGUGAUAAGUGUGGGAAGGCCUGGUUCUGCAUCAAAGAAUCAUACUGGGGAGAUACCCUAUCCUUGUCAUUGGUGUAUUAAAAGUUUCAGUCGGAGCUCAGACCUUAUUAACAUCAAAGAGUCCACACUGGUGAAAAACGAUAUAGUCCAUACUGGUGAAAAACCAUAUAAAUGUGAUGAAUGUGGGACAGCCUUCAGUCAGAGUUCAGAUCUUAUUAUACAUCAGAGAAUCCACACAGGAGAAAAACCCUAUCAAUGCAGUCACUCUCAUAAAAGUUUUAGCCAGUGCUCAGACCUGGUUAAACUCUUGAGAAUCCAUACUGGAGAGAAGCCUUAUACAUGUAACCAUUGUAACAAACAUUUUAGUCAGAGUUCUAAUGUUAUAAAACAUCAAAGAGUCCACACUGGUGAAAAACCAUAUAAAUGUGAUGUGUGUGGGAAAGCCUUCGGUCAGAGCUCUGAUCUUAUUCUACAUCAGAGAAUCCAUACCAGGGAGAAACCAUAUACAUGCGAUCAGUGUAGCAAAAGUUUCAGUCAGAACUCAGACCUUAUUAAACAUCGAAGGAUCCACACAGGAGAGAAACCCUAUACAUGUAAUGAAUGUGGGAAGGCUUUUAAUCAGAGUUCAGUCCUUAUUCUGCACCAGAGAAUCCACACUGGAGAGAAACCCUAUCCGUGUACUCAGUGUAGCAAAACAUUCAGCGGACUUUCAGAUCUUAUUAAUCAUCAGCGAAUUCACACUGGAGAAAAGCCUUAUCCAUGUAACCAGUGCAGUAAAAUGUUUAGUCAAAGAUCAGAUCUUGUAAAGCACCAUAGGAUUCAUACGGGUGAGAAACCCUAUGAAUGUGAUGAGUGUGGGAAAACCUUCAGUCAAAGCUUCAACCUUAUUCUACAUCAGAGAAUCCACACUGGAGAGAAACCUUAUCCAUGCAGUGAUUGUUCUAAGAGCUUUAGUCGUUGUUCAGACUUUGUUAAACAUCAAAGAAUCCACACUGGAGAGAAACCAUAUGCAUGUAAUCAGUGCAAUAAAAGUUUUAGUCAGAGCUCAGACCUCACUAAACGUCAGAGAGUGCACUCUGGGGAGAAGCCCUAUCAUUGCAAUACUUGUGAGAAAGCCUUCAGUCAGAGUUCUGACCUUAUUCUUCAUUGGAGAAUUCACACUGGAGAAAAACCAUACCCUGCACGCAGUGCAACAAAAGUUUCACUCAGAACUCAGACCUUAUCAAACACUAGAGAACCCACACCAGGGAAAAACCAUACAAAUGUAAUGAGUGUGGGAAGGCCUUCAGUCAGUGCUCAGCUCUCAUCCUACAUCAGAGGAUCCACACUGGGGAGAAAUCAUAUUGGUGUGAUCAGUGUGGCAAAAGCUUUAGUCGGCGCUCUGAUCUCAUUAACCAUCACAAUGGUGAAAAGCCUUAUAGAGGUGAUACUUCUGGGAAAGCCUUCAGCACAUGCGCUGAUGUUGAACAUCAGAGUAUCCACACUUGGGAGGAACCACACUGGUGUAUUCAGUGCAGCAGAAGUUUUACCCAACUCUCUGAACUUAUUGAUCAUAUGAAAGUCCAUUCUGGCCAAGACAAUCUAGAUGUGAUGAAUGUGAGAAAACCUUUAGUGUAUAUACCAACUUUAUUCAGUACCAGAGACACUAUACUGGAAAAAAGCUUAUGAAUGCUAUUGAUGAUUAUGAAAAAGGUUUUAAUGCUCAACUUUUGUAAGAAGGAGAAAAAACCACUCACAAUGGAGAGAAAAACAUGGAUUCAAUUGUUAUAAUGAAGGUUUAACCCAAGAGAAAUUCUGAGGAGUCUUGUGUGUGAUGAGGAAAUGUUCAAUGUGAAUAAAAAUUUUACUAAAUGUCA